GGCAGCCCUUUUUUUUUUAAUUAUUAUUUUUUAUUUUUUAUUAUUUUUAUUAUUUAUUUUUAAUACCACCCCGCCAUGGAGCGCAUCCCCAGCGCGCAACCUCCGCCCGUCUGCCUGGGCAAGAUGCCCGCCCUGGAGAGCGGAGACCUGCCGGGGCUGGACUUCGCCCACAUGUACCAAGUUUACAAGCCCAGGAGGGGGUUAAAGAGAAGCGAGGACAAUAAGGAGACCUACAAGCUGCCCCACCGGCUCAUCGAGAAGAAGAGGCGCGACAGGAUCAACGAGUGCAUCGCCCAGCUCAAGGACCUGCUGCCCGAGCACCUCAAGCUGACGACUCUGGGUCACCUGGAGAAGGCUGUGGUUCUGGAGCUCACCUUGAAGCAUGUGAAAGCUCUGACCAACCUCAUUGAGCAGCAGCAGCAGAAAAUAAUUGCUCUGCAGAACGGUUUACAAGCGGGUGACCUGUCAUCAAGAAACCUUGAUUCCAGCCAGGAAAUGUUUCGAUCUGGUUUCCAGAUGUGUGCCAAGGAAAUGCUGCAAUACCUGGCGAAGCAUGAGAACGGCAAGGACCUGAAGUCGUCCCAGCUGGUCGGCCACCUCCAUCGAAUGGCCUCCGAGGUGCUGCAGGGCGGAGCCGGCCGCAAGGCCGGAGACAUCCCUCCUAAAAUGGUGGACUCCAAAGAGAAACCCGUCUCCUUGACCAAAGUGGCGGAGGGACACGGGAAAAACUGCGUGCCCGUCAUCCAGAGGACAUUCGCUCACUCCAGCGGGGAGCAGAGCGGCAGCGACACGGACACGGACAGCGGGUACGGGGGAGAGCUGGAGAAAAGUGACUCCAAAUCCGACCAGCAGUAUUUCAAAAAGGAUACCGAACUCAAGUACGCCGUCCAGGAGAGAAUAAGCUCUAUUAAGCAAGAGACUGAGGACCCACCGGCCAAAAGGAGCAGGCUGGAGUCGCCGGAGUCCGAGGGUCCCUUUGGCAGCGACAUGAUGGGCUCUUCCAGCAGCUUCCUGGCUCCCCACGGGCACCAGCCCCCCCUGUGCCUGCCGUUCUACCUGAUCCCGCCCUCCGCCACCGCCUACCUGCCCAUGCUGGAGAAGUGCUGGUACCCGGCAUCGGUGCCCGUCCUGUACCCCAGCCUCCCAGCCUCCGCCGCCGCGCUCACGGGCUUCAUGAACCCCGAUAAAAUCUCCCCCCCUCUGCUGAUGCCCCAGAGACUCCCUUCUCCCGUCCCGGCCCACUCCCCUAUCGACUCCUCGGCGCUGCUUCAGGCUCUGAAGCAGAUUCCUCCUUUGAACUUGGAAACCAAAGACUAAUCGCAGUGUGACUUUUUUUUUUUUCUUUUUUCUUUUUUUUUUUUUUUUUUUUAGUUUGAGACUGUUUCACUUUUAUAUAUUGGCUGGACUGAGGUGUGGGGAUAAGGUUCACUGUGCAUAGGAAGCGAAAUCCCCUUUUCUCUGACUUGUCAGGUAGCUUGGAGAAGGAUGAAGGAUGUGCCUGGGUUAGCGAUUCAGAACUACUUCCAAAACUUAAAAAAAAAAAGGGUUUUCUGCUUUACCCCUUAACUUCUUCCCUCCCCGCAUCUACAGAACAACCGUUGGUCGGCUGUGACUGUAUUGCGAAGCUGUGAAAAAAUAUUCCAUUGGGCAGACUUGGCUUUAGGGUCCGCGGCUAUAAAAAUACGGUACUUCUCAUAAGGGCUUUUAAGGCAGCGGCCACCGUGCCGGUAGUUUGAGCUGAGCUGAUUCGGUGCCCCAUCAAUCGCCAGCGUCGAGGUGACCGGGGUGGCGGCGGUGGCGAUGCCACCCAGCGCGUCGGAGGAGCAGAGCAGCGGUCACUGCUUGGUCGUGCACAGUCAGGUAGACUUCAGACGGGUUUCUCUCCACACCUUUGCUGAUAUAUAUAUAUAUUUUUUAAGAAAUAAAAGGUAGAUGCUGCUUGGAAGCUUUACAUGGCGUACAUCUAAUAAAUAAAUUAACACGCGCCCCUUCCUGUAAGUUGAGCUGCUAGUUUGGGCCGGGUAGGGGAGAAAAAUCUCCUGAAGAUCACUUUGCUGCACCUGACUCCAGGCCUCUCUCCCGCUGCUGCUGGGCACUUUCUCCGGGCGUGUUCCGAGGGAAAUCCCGGGGGUUUCAGGAGUGCCGGCAGUGGGGGACCGGCCGGUGACGUCCUGACGCGUGGCGAGUCCAGAGCUUCGUGCAAGAGGGGGCAGUUCGGCCGGAACAUGCCCCCGUCAGUGCCUUUGAAAAAUGAAGAGGCUGGGAUUUUCAAAGGAGUCUAAUCCCGGGGCGGCUGGAGCAUCUCCAUUCCCGAGUCUCCUUGGCAAACCCUGGCCCACAUCACUGUAUCAAAGAGAGAGGGCUGGGGGCUGACACUUGUCCCGUUAAACUGUGAGGGUCUUUCUGCACAAGAACAUCUGGUCCGAUUCGGCUCUUUUUUAAUUAAAAAAAAGAAAA